CUGUUGUCUCUGCUUGUUUCCUCACUCAGCUGUGAUUCUUGACACUGGACUCUCUCCGAGAAGGUACUCCAGAAUGUACUCUUUGAUCAUUAUCACAGGACUACUGGCUUUUGCCUCCAGUAAGCCAUGUGAAACAGGAUCCAACAGUGAGCUUCUCCUGUCACUCAAAAAAAUUCUCCUUCACUCUCUGGAGGAGCAGGAGGGACUCCCCAACCCCAGCGUCCACUUGGCGUUACGACUUUCAGAUUCCCACAACCUUGCCAUGGAGAGCGUACACCUGAAUAAACUGAAAAGUCAUCUGCACAAUGAUCUUCGAAAUUCUCUCUCCAACAGCCAGCCUGUGGUUGGCCUCUUGGCUCUGUACACCAUGGCUUUGAAGUCGUCCUGCUUCGAUCUCAACACAAUCACCUUCACCGUCGGUGACAAGAGUGAGACGCUGCAGACACACCUGAAGAAACAGAUGGAACUAGAAAAAGAGCACAUUGCAUUCAGCCACCGCCCUUUGACCAACUAUUACCAGUACUCUCUGGGUGUGCUCGCUCUGUGCGUGAGCGGCAUCAGGGUCAACAACCAUGUCAGCAACAAGCUCAUCAAGGCUGUAGAACAUGAACACUUCAAACAUGGAGAAGCUGAGAGUAUCGAUACCUAUGCCAUGGCUGGAAUGGCCCUGCAGUGUGUGAAGGAGUCUGGUUCCCAUGCACAUAAUGAUGCUGAGGUUGACACAGCCCUUACCAAGAUCAAGCAGAAGCUCUUGGCCUCCCGACGGAAUGAUGGUCAUAUGGGCAAUGAGUUCAGCACAGGCCUUGCAGUACAAGCCCUGUUGGCAAUGGGCAGCCAGGUUGCAGAGUGUGCCGCUUCAAUGGAAGCCAUGAGGAUAGAUGCCAGAAGCAACACAUACCACAACCCCAUGGCCGUAUCUCAGAUCCUGCCAGCUCUCCAGCAGAAAUCCUACCUGGCAGUUAAAAGCAAGGAGUGCCAAAAUGAAGAUGACUCUCUGGUGCUGGAGCCCGCAGACCCUACGAUGGUUUUACCAAGCCAGACCAAAGUGGCUCUGAAUGUGGAAGUGGUGGCAUCCAACGGGGCAGCUGCUCUUUACUCUGUUGAUGUACCACAGGGUAGCUCUCUGUUGGAGGCCCUUGAACUUCUCAAGGGGAAAAGUGUUGGCUUCAUGUUUGAGACGGAGUCCAGCCUAUGGGGACCUUUCUUAAGUGCAGUGAAUGGAGAGCAGGCCAGACAGAGCGACCGCAGAUACUGGCACCUCUCCUCUAAUGAUGCAGCACUCAGUGAGGGUAUUAAUGAUUUCAAGAUUGAGUCAGCCCAAAAGAUCACCAUCAAAAACACUACCUACUGAGAGCGACAUCAAUAUAACUGAUAUAGCUCUGAUCAAUGUGAAUCAAAAGCAGUAGAUUCUUGAUUUGUUUCUGUUGUUUGUUAUGUUAACAGAUGAUUAUGCUUAAAUUGUCAGUUCCCUUUAUGUGUGAUAAAACUGUGAUUCAGAACAAAUUGAACAGACUUUGCAAAUUGUAACACUUUUAUAUUGUGAUUAAAUGAGUGCAACAUUUC